GCGCCAUACUGUAGGGCGUAUGUGAGCCGGCCAAUAGGAGCCCUGUUUUGGGCUCUUUUCGUGCCCAUCCGUCACUGCGCGGCCUGUAAUUCGCUGUCUUCUAUUUUUCGACCCCCUGGGCUGUUGCAAUGACGGUAAUUGGUGCGGCCAUGUUGGCCCGUUUCGCCACCUUGGGUCGAAGAGCUGCCAAAAACCUGGCGUGCCAAGGAACCACCGGCCGUGGAGGGGUCGGAUGGGCGACGGUCACUGGCUGCCAGUGUGGCGGAUGCUGCGCUGAAGUCAUCUUGCUGGAGUGCCCAGGCAGCCAACAAGAUUGCUGCACUGAUGGAAGGUUUUCUAGAGCUAGUGUACCUCCACCGAUUCCGUCUGUUGUUGUCCGUAAAAUAUUGGGGCAAACGCACCUGACCCACAGGUAGCCGCCCGCC